AUGGUGCUCUGGAUCAUUCUCCCCAUGGCCCUCUCGCUGGUGUCAUUCAUAGGAACAUGGAGUGUAUAUGGCCUGGCCUUCUCCAAUGAACAUGUGUGCUCCCUCAGUGACUGGGAGGGUGGCAACUUCUGCACUGGGAAUCAGUCCACUGGAUGUUGCAGGGUUCCUACCAUAAGCUCAAGUGGAACCAACCUACCAGAAAACUCCCUUUUUACAGCCACAAUCAACGCUGCAUCCGUCCUGUUUCUGUUCUUCUGCAUAUUCCACCAUGCACAUGUUAUGGAGAAACACGCAUGUCAUUCUAUGCUGAGCAAGUUUGCGCUGGUCUUUGGCGCGGUGGCGUCCAUUGGGGCCUUCACUGCUGGAAACUGCAACCCUGGUUACCUGUCACUGCUUCACUACUUCGGAGCUGCCACCAGCUUCAUAUGCAUCUGCUUCUACACCAUCCUGCUCACUGUCCUGACCAAGAAGUGUGUGCUGACUGGGUACGAGAAGGUCCUCGUCCCAUUCCGCAUCACCUCCACCGUGAUUCAAGCCAUCGUCACCCUCUGCUAUCUGAUUCUGUUUCCCCAGAAUGAUUACUUUUACGUCCACCUAGCUGCCAUAUUUGAGUGGAUGAUCAGUGCCAACUUGGAGCUGUUUGAGUUCAGCUACGCCGUGGAGUUUUACUUCUUCUCGUCCUUCAUGCUUUCAAACCUGCUGACCAAACGAGAAGAAGAAAAGCCUCUGAUGAUGACGAUGCCCUGA